CUGGGUAGGACGGUGUGGGGCGAGGGGACCGCUGGGAAGAUGGCGGGUGUCGGUCUUGCAGCCGUGGCGGCUUGGGUGCCACGUCGGAGCUGGAGCUGGGCAGCGGUCUCCUUAGGUCCCCAGCGUGACUUCAGUCCGUUACUUGCACGGAAGCCCCAGCAGGUGCCACGGUGGCUCCCAGCUUGCAGACCAAAGACAUCAGUUUCUUUCCUUAAGCGACCAGACCUUCCAAAACUGGCUUAUAAGCGGCUAAAAGGCAAAAGUCCGGGAAUUAUCUUCAUCCCUGGCUAUCUUUCUAAUAUGAAUGGUACAAAAGCAUUGGCAAUUGAGGAGUUUUGCAAAUCUCUAGGUCACGCCUAUAUAAGAUUUGAUUACUCAGGAGUUGGAAGUUCAGAUGGUAACUUAGAAGAAUGCACAGUGGGGAAAUGGAGAAAAGAUGUUCUUUCUAUAAUUGAUGAAUUAGCUGUAGGACCACAGAUACUAGUUGGAUCUAGCCUCGGUGGAUGGCUUAUGCUUCAUGCUGCAAUUGCGCGUCCAGAAAAGGUCAUAGCACUUAUUGGUGUAGCUACAGCUGCAGAUGGCCUGGUGACACAGUUUAAUCAGCUUCCUGUUGAGGUGAAAAAGGAAGUUGAGAUGAAAGGGGUGUGGACCAUGCCGUCAAAAUACCACGAAGAAGGAGUUUAUCACAUUCAGUACAGCUUCAUUAAAGAAGCAGAGCACCACUGCUUGUUGCACAGCCCUAUCCCUGUGAACUGCCCCAUCAGAUUGCUGCACGGCAUGAAGGAUGACAUCGUGCCUUGGCACACGUCCAUGCAGGUGGCUGACCGAGUCGUCAGCACGGACGUAGACGUAAUCCUCCGAAAACACAGUGAUCACCGAAUGAAGGAAAAAGCGGACCUUCAGCUUCUUGUUUAUACUAUUGAUGACUUAAUUGAUAAACUUUCAACCGUAGUUAAUUAGAAUCGUGUUUUCAGUUGGUAUAUAAACUGAUGUAUCCAGAAGAUUGGAAGAGGGACAGCUAGUCAAAGACUCUACUACUUUAGGUUCUUCCCUCUACCUCUGUUUUGUAAAUAUUAGAGAAGUAUUUAUUUAAUGAUGUAUUCGCAUAAAUAGUAGCAAUUGUGAAGAAAGUACUGACUGCUGGUUGGAAAUUUUUUCCUUCCUUCAACUCUUAUUUUUUUUCCCAUUAAAAUAUCUCCUAUUUUUUAUUUAAAUGAUAUUUACUUUAUUCUAUGGUAGCACUGCCAGCUCUUAAUUUCAUUCCUUAGAAUAAAGCUCAAAUAUUUUGGUUUUUUGUUUGAUACUAUUAAGAUUGGAAAUUUGUAAAAUUCUCAUUUUAAAGUGCAAUUUAAAAUAGGAAAUGUUUAUUGAAAUAUAUUUUAAAUGAUCGGAGAAAUGGCUGAAGCACAAUAAAGUUUAAAAAAUCAGGAUAUCAAUGUUAUAUUUGAACUACAAGUUUUACUUUUGUAAAUGAAAACCUUAUGAUGCUAAAGCAAAUAUUUCCAUAUUUUAGCUUGUUCUUUAAGUGUAUAUUCAUUUUUGUUUAUUUGAAAAGUAGAGCGAGAGAGAGCUUUUGUUUGUUUGUUGACUCCCUAAAUGCCUGCACUUGCUAGGGCUGUGCUAAGAUGAAGCCAGGAGUCAGGAUCUGAGUUUCCCGUGGGGGUGACAGAGAGUCAGGAAAUGGAACCAUCACCUGCUGCCUCCCAGGAUGCACACUGGCAGGAAGCUGGAUCAGAAGUGGAGGCGGGACUGUAUCCCAGGCACUCUGAUAGGGGAUGUGGGGUCCCUAGGGCAGCUUAACCCACUGUGCUGGCUCCUGGGAACAUGAAUUGCAGAAGGCCUCCACCUUUCCCAGAACUGAUCAGAGUAAUUCAGCAAUGCUUAAAUUGUACAAACAUGAUGAUUUGUGCUGAGAAUCUGUUGCCCUGGAAACCUGGAAUUUUAUUAUGUGCCAGGUAGGCUGCCCCUUUAAGAAGCUCACAGUAAAAACCAUGGGCACUGAAUCUUAAGAAGCUUCCUUGAUGGACAGCAUUUCACAUGUGCUAUUACUGCUGAGACAAGAUUUGGAAGCCUACACGUAAUUUUCUAGGACUUCACCCUAUGUACCUUUUUUUUCCCUUAGUGAUUUUGCUUGGUAUCCUUUCUCUGUAAUAAAUCAUAAGCAUGAAUAAAACUGUAUGCUGAAUCCUGAGUUCUAGCACAUCUCUGAACCUAGGGGUGGUCUUGGCCACCCCUAGCACAGAUACAGCUUGACUGUAAUCUAUUGGUUAUGGUGGAUAAAAAUCACCUUUUAUGAGUCACCUUUUACCACAGUGCCUGGUGAGUGGUUUGAGAGGAUGAUGCUGGGCUAUUAGGGAAUCUCUUUUUGCCUAGAUAUUGCUUGGAAUGAGGCUUUUUAGAAAGAUGAAAGGCUGGCGGCGCGGCUCACUUGGCUAAUCCUCCGCCUGCGGCGCUGGCACACCAGGUUCUAGUCCUGGUUGGGGUACCGGAUUCUGUCCCAGUUGCUCCUCUUCCAGGCCAGCUCUCUGCUGUAGCCUGGAGUGCAAUGGAGGAUGGCCCAAGUCCGUGGGCCCCUGCACCCGCAUGGGAGACAAGGAGAGCACCUGGCUCCUGGCUUUGGAUCGGCACAAUGCCGGCCGUGGCAGCCAUUUGGGGGGGUGAACCCACAGAAGGAAGACCUUUCUCUCUGUCUCUGUCUCACUGUCUCAAAAAAAUGAAAAAUAAAAAUAAAAUUUAGAAAAAGAAAGAUGAAAGAAUCCCUCCUAUGUAAGAGUUCUGAGGCUAAAUAGUAAAAUUAAAUAUGAUUAGAGAUUCAUAUCCUGUGUGUGGAAGCAGUGUGGCAUAAUUUUUAAGGGUUGAGACUAGAGCUUGGAUUUGAAUCCUAGCAUGCUGUUUCUGUGAGCAGUUUGCUUGACUUCUCUUAGUCUGAAGGACUAAGUUUCCUCUUCAGGAAAAUGAUAAUCUAGAUCAUUGGCUGUAAGGAUAACAAGACAUUUAUUUAUUUAUUUAUUUAUUAUUUGAAAAAGUAACAGCGGUAGACACUGAAAGAGGGUUCUUUCCAUCAUUUCACUCCCUAAAAUGGCCACACUGGCCGGAGCUGCGCCGAUCCAAAGCCAGGAGUCAGGAGUUCUUCCGGGCCUCCCAAGUGAGUGCAGGGCCCAAGGACCUGGGUCAUCCUCCACUGCUUUCCCAGGCACAUUAGCAAGGCACUGCAUCAGAAGUGGAGCAGCCUGGACUCGAACCAGCACCUAUAUGGGAUGCCAGUGCUGCAGGCCGGGGCUUGAACCCACUGCACCAUAGUGCCAGCCCCAACACAUUUAGAAUGACAGAGGAGGCACUGCCUUUCUGUUUUGAUUUUUAUUAUGCGUGAAAUGUGUAUUCUAGUACACUGUCGGUUACCUUAGUGUUUUUUUCUAUUUCCCCCCAAAGAUCCUUUUUUCUGGUACCUCUUCAUUCACUGCCUCAUAUUCAGGUGACUUGUAACAUGCAUGAACAGCCGGCAGCGCCUGUUCCUGACCUCUGGAAUUCCUGUAUUAUUUCCAAACAGUUUCAGCAUGGACAGCACAAAGGGAUAACACAAGUGUCAGUGGGCUGGAGGUCUAGUGCACGGAAUAUAUUUCACUUUUGUAGUGAGCUUCUAGGCAUAUUCAGACUCAGAUCAUCCCUGUGCUGUGUUCCAGACAGCCAAGAGAAAGGUCUAUGUGGAUGAGUAAGAGAAGCUGAGUGAAAGUUUUAUCAAGUACAGAGUUAGACAGCUAAAGAGACCAUUCCUCCCCAUGGAACUGUUCUCAAGACACUUCCCAAGUGGGUAUGUUAAAUGUUCAUUGAAUUUGGAACAGUUAAGAAAAAAUCCUAAAGAACUCAUUUUCUGGAGGAGGGGAGAAAGUGGGUGAAAUUUAAAUAAAUUAGUUGCUCAGUAUUUAGGGGAUUAUUUCCUGGACAACUCUCCCCGCCCCCCAUAUCAAAUCUUAGAUACUCAAGUCCUUUAUAUAAAAUGGCUUAUAAUGCAUCUAAUUAAUUAGCACACUCUUCCUGUGUACUUUAAACCAUCUCUAGAUUACUUUGAAUACUUAAUGCAAUGUCAGUGUUAUGUAGAUGUUUGUAUGGUUUAAGGAAUAAUUACAAGGAAAAAAUGUCUACAGAUAAAAAUUUUUUCAGAUAUUUUUGAUCUGCUUUUGGUUGAAUCCACAGUUGAGAGCCGACUAUACUUUUUAUUUAUUUUUUUUUUUUUUGACAGGCAGAGUAGACAGAGAGAAAGACAGAGAGAAAGGUCUUCCUUUGCUGUUGGUUCACCCUCCAAUGGUCGCCGCAGCCGGUGCGCUGCAGCCGGCACAUCGCGCUGAUCCGAAGCCAGAAGUUAGGUGCUUCUCCUGGUCUCCUAUGUGGGUGCAGGGUCCAAGCACUUGGGCCAUCUCCACUGCAAUCCCGGGCCACAGCAGAGAGCUGGCUUGGAAGAGGGGCAACCAGGACAGAAUCCAGCGCCCUGACCGGGACUAGAACAGAGGAUGCUGGCGCCGCAGGAGGAGGAUUAGCCUAUUGAGCCGUGGUGCCGGCCCCAACUGUAUACUUUUUAAAAAUCCCCUUUAAAAACAGAUCUAAAGUCACUUUUUAAUUUAGAAACAAUAGUGUGUGUAACUUGGUUUGCUAAUAAAAAAAAAAAAGUUAUACUUUGGUGUAUUUGGAGACUGUACCUUGAAAAGUGAAGGCAAUUUUUGAAAACCAAAUGUAUAUUUUGGGGGAAAUGCCCUUUACCAUUUUGUCUUCCUCUUUUCUUGGGCUUUCAGGUUUUUGCUAAUAAAUGUUCCAGUGCUAUAAAAGCAGCUCAAAUGGCA